CCUAACUCUUUAUUUCACAGUAUAGGUUUUUGUUGUUUUGUUAGACAGUCUUGCUGUGUAGCCCAGUCUGGCCUUGAACUCUUGAUCCUCCUGCCUUGGCUUCCUGGAAGGAGUGCCACCACACCUGGCACAUUGUUAGAUAUUUACUGGUUGCAUUUAAGUACUCAGUUUACGAUGUUUUGCAAAUAAGAAAGGUUGUAUGUGUCAUGUUUGACUCUGCAGGAGGGGAAGAGCUGUAGAAGGCUAAGGCUUAGGCUUUUUUAUAAGGGCAUGUGUGUGUGUGUAUUUGUAAAACAUACACUGAUUGGAAAUAACCCUCUUUUUCUGUUUUAUUUUAGGGAUAAUGACUGUUCUUGCUUCUCACCUAAGUUGAAUAAGCACCCUGUGCACUUUAAUCUCCUGUCCGAGCCAUCAGGCCAACUAAAGACAGGGUUUAGAAAUCUCAGCUAUAAAGACAUCCAGCCAAAGUCUCAGUCUUGCCUUAACAAUGUUCCAGAGGCUGAAUAAAAUGUUUGUGGGCGAUGUCAGUACUUCUAACCAAGAGCCAGAAUUCAGUGAGAAGGAAGAUGAUGAAUGGAUUCUUGUCGACUUCAUAGACACUUGCACUGGUUUCUCAGCAGAAGAAGAUGAAGAGGAAGAAGACGACAUAAGUGAAGAGUCACCUGCAGAGCACCCUUCAGUUUUCUCCUGUUUACCUGCAUCUCUGGAGUGCUUAGCUGAUACAAGUGAUUCCUGCUUCCUGCAGUUUGAGUCCUGUCCAAUGGAGGAGAGCUGGUUUAACCCUCCCCCAUGUUUUACAGCAGGUGGAUUAACCACUAUCAAGGUGGAAACGAGUCCUAUGGAAAACCUUCUCAUUGAACAUCCCAGCAUGUCUGUCUAUGCUGUGCAUAACUCCUGCCCUGGUCUUAGUGAGGCCAGCAGUGGGACUGAUGAUGCUCAUAAUUCAAGUAGUCCCAGAGUGGAAGCUGAAGGUGAAGUGGGGCAGCACCUUCACUGCUACGUUGCAGCCCUUGCUGCUCAUGCAACUUUUCUGCAACAGCCCAAGAGCUUCCGCCCUUCCCAGUGGAUAAAAGAACACAGCGAAAGACAGUCUCUGAACAGAAAUAGCCUUCGUCGCCAAAAUCUUACCAAGGAUUGCCACUCCCGGCAAGUGAAGCACAAUGGCUGGGUGGUUCACCAGCCCUGCCCACGGCAGUACAAUUACUAAGAAUUUCAAGGUUUGCUGGUUGGUGUCUGUUGGUUCGUGCAUGUGUACGUGGAGAUGCAUGUUUGCACGAUGAUAAUGCUGUCCCUUCACAGCCAACUGCUGACUGGUCACACUGGCGAGAGUGUUUAGACACUGUCUUAAAGCCAGAUUUCUAUGCUGUGCUUCAUGUAAUGCCUUUCUCCUAACACUUACUCUUUUUUUUUUCUAGACUUUUUCAGAAUAUUUUUGGAAACAUAUCAAUACAAUUACAGUGUUUGGUGUUUGGGGAUGUCUUUAAAUCUGGUUAAGGUGUACAUGAGUUAAUCAGCAUCUUAAAGAUGUUUCUCCCCCCAAGUACAAGAAUAGGCAUCUUUCAGUUUCAUUUUAUUUUGUAUUACUUAAUCAAUCUUUUGAGUAAGCAAAAAUUUAUUCUCAGGGUCAGCCAUACACUUUAUUGACCAGUACUUGAUAAUCUUUUCUGUAUAUAACGAGUACAUUUUACACACUAACAUGAGCAUUAACAGGUGAUAGUUGCCAUGGAUACAAUGGAAUUAUGGCUGGACUUUCUUUUGAAAGAAAACUUGAUAUAUUUCUGUAUGUAUGGUUUUCUCCAGAUUAGUCAUGAGUUCAUUGUGGAAUUCAGGUACAUUAAGCUUCAGUGAAUAGUACAUUCAGUAAUUUUAUGACUCCAUGAUGUGGUACAGAUAUUACAGGUGUCAUGGACAAAAGAACUUGUCUUGUGUGCAGAGGGAAGAAAUUAGACCUGUGAAAUUCAUUUGGAAUCUUCAUGUGUAUAAGUAACUCAUUAGUCCAGUUUUUAAAUUGUUUGCAUUCUUUCCUGCCAUCUCUGCCUACUCCCCCUCACAUCAUCUGUAAAUUCAAAAGUACUUGUCCAGGCACCUGAGUGACUUAAUAUUUCUAUCUGUCCAUGAGAAAAGGGAUAACAGUAGAUAAUCCUCUGACAUGGAGCCCGUCUUCCCAAGGGACAUGCAAGGGAGAGGAAGUUUCUGGUGAUGUCUUUUCAUAGCACCAAAGUGAAGUGACAGGUUGGUUUCCCUCAGUUUUCAUUUUAACUUCAGGCAAAAUCUUUAACCACUUUGGCCUCUAUUUCCUCUACAACAGGGGGUAAUAUUUACCUCCCUCACAGUUGGAAGGACUAUAUACUGAUUGGAAGUGGGGCUAUCCAGAAAUGAACCUUGCAUGAACGACCAAGGGCCUUUCUACUGAACCUAGUGGUGGUGAGGCUGUGGCAGUUUUUCGGCCACAAUUGUUCUUCACAGUGUUGGUGCUAAUGAGGCCAGGGCGCAGGGUUCGACUCACAUAGGCCAGUUAACUCUACACAGAGGAAAGUCUAUUUUCUUACCUCUAGUCAGUCACUUUACUUUUUUAGCAGUUGUGAGGGGUUUUGCUGAGCCAUCCACACUCUCACCAACUUCCUCAGAAAUUAACUGAAUACAUUUCUAGUUCAAAGCACAUUGUACUGACAGAACAGUAGCAUUGCCUGCAUAAUCAGUUUAUUUUUCCGUCUCCUCGGCAACCCUAAUUCAAUGAGCACACGUGUGUAAAAUGCUUUCAAAAAGAAAAGCAGCAGGUAGUUUUGUGAAGUAGAUUACAUUACUCAGUGACCCUGCAGCAGCUUGAUGUGGGGAGACCUGACAGACUUUCAGGAACGAGCUGUGCUCCUUCCUGACUAGGCCAGGGCAGGCAGAGUUGAAAGAGGUCAAAUGGAGUUAGAUGGUGGUUUAGGUUUAUCUUCACUGGCUGUGAUAAAGUGCCAGGAUGUCUCCUUAGAACAAGAAUCUAGGUCCCUUUUCUUCCCUUAUCCCCCUUCCCUAUUAACUCUCCCUUUUAUUUAUUUGUUUUCUAAUUAGGGGCCAAGUUUGUAAAGUUUUGUCAAACUGAGAAGUUAUUUGUUACUACUUGUGUUUACGAGAGUUGGGAGAUGAGGUAGUUUUCAUGAAGGUGUGUAUGUUUUACACCAUGUCUGUUCUAGGGCCAUACAUUUGUAACUUGAAAAUAGACCAGCUAAAUGUCUUCUGGAUGUGAGCCUCUGAAAACAUGGGGCCUCUUGUCUUACACCGCAUGCAGGUUACUAGUACCUCACCAGCUAGAAGUUCAGCCAUGGGAAUUUGUUUGGCAGUGUGAACAGAUUUGUAUAUAAAACUGCAAAGGUCUUUUUUUUUUUCAUUACUACUUUUUUUCAGAUUUCUUGAUACCUUAAAUACAUUUAUAUCUCUAUCAGUUACUGACUUUUUGUUUGGCUUAUCUGGGCCUAGUUUUUUAUGCUUUGUUCCUGGAAAACAAAAAAGUGUUGUCAUGGGGACAUUUUUUUUCAGGGUUAGGAUUACCAUGCCAUCUGUGAUAGCUCACUGUGGUUUCUGUGUCAGUAUCUAAGGUUUCUGUCUAAAAUCGGCACAUGUAAGAGUUGAAGAAAAUGGAUACAUAGUUCAGUUGAAAUUUUUUGGUCAUUAGAUGUUUCUUAGGCAUCUAUUGUGUAUAAGACACAAGGCCAAUAAUAAAGCAGAACAAUGUUGACCUGUUAAGUAUUUUUUGAAACAUGGCCAAAAUGCAUUUUAUGAGUUGACUUGCUGUUUUUAUUAUUGUAACUGUUAGUGUCUUACAAUGUUCUUUAGUGCAUAUUACUUAAAAAUUCAAGCAGUAAGAAAUAAGACCCCUCUGAAUUUAGUAGCACUGACCAUUUCUGAACUGAUAACAUAGAAUGUGACUUGGAACAAGUCUAGACUAUGUGGUGUGUGUUGGCAGUGCUUCACUAGUGAGCUUCUGAGCUUUUACCGUACACCACAUUCUUCAAAGUUUGAUUUGCUAAUAAAACAUUUCAGAAUGUAUUAUGAGUAAAUAUGUUUAUUACUUUUUCUUCCUUGGCUGAUUGGGUUAGUUCUGCACUGUGAGUUGAAAACUGGCCAUCCAUUAUUUAUCUUUCCUGGCAAUGGAUCGGAAUGGGUGGGUGGGAUUUGCAGAGAUGCACACGAUUGGACUUCUGACUUCCCAUUGCAGGGAGCUGUUUGUUUGUUUCAAUAUUAAUUUCCUGUAUAUGUUUCCAACUCUCAUGCAAAUUGUUCGUGUUUACAUACCUUCUCUGUUUUAUCAGUUCUUUAAUUUUAGCCAGAAGAUAGUUUACUUAAAAUUUGAGAGGGCCAUUCAGCAAUUCCUAUUAUUUUUGCUUCUCAAAUCUGUAUAGUACACUGGUUUAUAAUCUUUGUUUUUGUUGAAAUUGGAAUUUCUUUGCUAUUUCUCUUCCUCCUCAAGUAAACAUAUUGUCAUUAUAUACUGUAAGAAAAAAGAGCAGGAAAAAGUAUCUUCAUUAUCCUCAUUUUCUUUGAGUUGAACAUAAACAAAAAAACAAAAAAAAAAAGAAAGAAAAAUGAAGGACUCCAACUAGAAGAUAGACAUUUACACCUAAAUACAUUAGUGGAAAAGUUUCUAAGCAUUAGUUUUUGUUUUAGCAUCAGUUACGAGACUGCUCCUUAUACUGGGAGAUACUAGUAUAUCUUUGUAAUGUUACCUUGAAAUUAGCUUUUUAUUUUACAAGGCCCAUAAAUAAUGGUUAAACUCUUUAAAAUUGGGCUCCUAUAAUAGAUGGUUUCACUGCCAUCAGCAUGCUGAUAUAUUAUAAAUGGCAUCUCUAUCUACUCAUUGUAGUGCUUAAAUUUUUAUAUAAAACGCUUUAUUUAGAAAACCUACAUGAUACAGUGGGUUUGGCCUUACCACGUACCAAUUUCACUUGAAAUUUGACACCAAUUAAAGGUGUAGGUGGAAGAAGGCACACAGAUAAGUUUAUCUUUUCUUAUGUGCAACAGUGUCCUUUAUGUGGGAGGAGAAGUUACUACUCAGAGGAAAGCAGCUCAAGUGAAUAAUGUUUUGUGUAUCAUUGAGAAUAUUCCUUGUGACAUUUAUAAUUGUUAAGUGCCCAGUUUGGCUCUAUGUUUGCCUGAAGUUUUAGUAUUGUUUGUUUUCUAGGUGGACUUGUGUAAAAACCAAACCAGUGUUUGGAGAGGUUAGAUGUGUGUAUUUUCAGGCUUCAAGUGUGUGAGUGGUUUUGUUUCCUUUUUGGUUGUGUUUUCCUCCACAGGUUUGAAUUUUAAUCAAUAAUUGUGUGUGUUAUAUUUUAAGAAGUGGCUUUAUUUUUUCCUCAAGUAAAAUUGUGAACACAUUUGCUUUCAAGGGCAGGGCAUCGGUUCUAGAGACUGAAGAGUAUUGUCGAUUGUACUAUGUGCCUUCUUAAUGUGUUUCUAGACACAUAUUUUCAUCAACUUGAAAACUCAAAAGGGACAUUUGGUUCGGUUAUAUACUGUACAUCAAUCUAUGCAUAAAUGGCAGCUUGUUUUCUUGAGCCACUUUCUUAAUAUUUUUUGUUUUUAUAGAAAUUUUUUAUACUGAUUGGUUCAUAGAUGGUCAGUUUUAUACAGAGUGAACAAUACAGCACUUUGCCAAAAAUAAGUGUAGCAUUGCUUAAACAUUGUACAUUAACACCAGUUCUUUGUAAUUUAGGGUCAGUGGUGCAUUUUGCACUGCCUAGAGUUCUGGUUUUUUAUCUGUCAGUAAAUAAAAUGUCCUUUAACUUCAAGUGUCAGAUUCUUUUAUUUUUAUGUUUCUGGUCAUUAGUAUUGAAAGUUAAGUACAAUUUAACUUACAAUGCUUGCUGUUUCAUUUUGCUUACACAGUUUUGCUUGUACAAAAGAUGUGUUCAAUUUGUACUUUCCUUUUAAAAAGUGUGGUGGUGCACACCUAUAAUCCCAGCACUCAGGAGUCUCUGA